CAUCUAUGGGACGUUGGGAGAGUGUUUUGACUGGUAUUGGCGCCCGAGCUCCAGCCGACCAAAUUGCUGUCGCUACUCCUGUAGAUUUUCCCAGUAUCAGUGCUCUCCAUGAUAGCCGAUCCCAAAGGGCUUAGUGCUGCUCGGACUCUGGAACGGUUGGUGGGUUUUUCAACCCUAGGAAUGGGGUGGAAGGCGACCCUCAUUCGUCUGGAGGCUAAAACACUUCACUCCGAGGGUCACAGUUCAGUUCCUCCAGAAUAGGUGCCGCCAUCCGCCCUUUCCCUCCCUCGGAAGGAAUAGGUAGCUCAGUCCUGGGGCGUUCUUCCACUUUCCAGGUCUUCGUCCCCGUUCCCUGGGACUACUAUCAGUUUUCACGGAGACCAACUUUAGGUCCGCCACUAUCCCAGGAUUCCCGACUCCCGCUUUCCUGCCCUUCUCCCCUCCCAACUCCCGGCGCUAGCGGGAGCGGCAAGAUGGCGGACAGUGACGGCUUAGGUGAAGCAGCGAUUGCUGCAGCGUCUCCUUCUGCCCCUGUCCCCGGCUUAAGCCCGCCGCUGGGCUGGAGGGAGCGGCUGCGGGCUGGUCUGGCGGGCAUUGGGGCCUCACUGUGGUUCGUGGCGGGGCUGGGGCUGCUUUACGCUCUGAGGGUCCCGCUGAGGCUGUGUGAGAAUUUGGCAGCGGUGACAGUAUUUUUAAAUUCAUUGACACCCAGAUUCUAUGUGGCACUUACAGGGACAUCUUCUCUAAUAUCAGGACUAAUAUUUAUAUUUGAAUGGUGGUACUUUCAUAAGCAUGGCACAUCUUUUAUUGAGCAAGUUUCUGUAAGCCAUUUGCGACCAUUGAUGGGAGGAACAGAAAGCAGCAUUUCAGAGCCAGGUUCUCCUUCCAACAACAGACAGAGCGAAACCAGCAGGCAGAAUUUGUCAGAAUGUAAAGUAUGGAGAAAUCCUCUAAAUCUUUUCAGAGGAGCAGAAUAUAGGAGAUACACUUGGGUGACUGGUAAAGAGCCACUUACUUACUAUGACAUGAAUUUGUCAGCUCAGGACCAUCAGACCUUUUUCACCUGUGACACAGACUUUUUACGUCCUUCAGAUACAGUUAUGCAGAAGGCAUGGAGAGAAAGGAAUCCUCCAGCUCGAAUCAAAGCAGCCUAUCAAGCUUUAGAAUUAAACAAUGACUGUGCCACUGCAUAUGUUCUACUGGCUGAGGAAGAAGCAACAACUAUUGUAGAUGCUGAAAGGUUAUUUAAACAGGCGCUCAAGGCAGGAGAAAUAAUUUAUAAGCGGUCACAACAGUGCCAGCACCAAAGUCCUCAGCAUGAAGCUCAACUGAGGAGAGAUACCAAUGUACUGGUGUAUAUUAAAAGAAGACUGGCAAUGUGUGCAAGAAAAUUGGGAAGAAUAAGAGAGGCAGUAAAGAUAAUGAGAGAUUUAAUGAAAGAAUGUCCUCCUCUUACCAUGUUGAACAUCCAUGAAAAUCUCCUAGAAUCACUUUUAGAAUUACAGGCCUAUGCAGAUGUCCAAGCAGUUCUAGCAAAAUAUGAUGAUAUAAGCCUUCCAAAGUCAGCAGCCAUCUGUUAUACAGCAGCACUAUUGAAGACAAGGACUGUUUCAGAUAAAUUCUCUCCAGAAACAGCCUCCAGAAGAGGGUUAAGCACAGCAGAAAUUAAUGCUGUGGAAGCAAUUCAUAGAGCUGUGGAAUUUAAUCCUCAUGUUCCAAAAUAUUUACUAGAGAUGAAAAGUCUCAUUUUACCUCCAGAACACAUUCUGAAACGGGGUGAUAGUGAAGCAAUUGCCUAUGCUUUCUUUCAUCUUCAGCACUGGAAGAGAAUAGAAGGUGCUCUUAAUCUGUUACAGUGCACGUGGGAAGGCACUUUUAGAAUGAUUCCAUAUCCAUUAGAGAAAGGCCAUCUAUUUUAUCCUUAUCCCAGCUGCACAGAGACUGCUGAUAGAGAGCUCUUACCUCCGUUUCAUCAUGUUUCUGUUUACCCAAAGAAGGAGAUUCCUUUUUUCAUCCAUUUCACAGCAGGACUAUGUUCUUCUACAGCAAUGAUAGCUUUUCUUACACACCAGUUUCCUGAAAUCAUGGGUGUUUUUGCUAAAGCUAGGAAUUUAGAAUUCCUGGAUGGUGCCACCUUAUCAAAGUGGAGAAGGGACAAGAUUGUAGAGUCGUUAUGAGCAGAGGCUCUGGAGCCAGACUGUUUUGCUUUGGAUUUCAGCUGUGAUACUUAUUGGCUGUGCAACCUUGGGUAAGUUGCUUAACCUUCCCCACCCCCCAGUUGUAAAAUGAGAAUAGUACUACCUCUUGGAUUUUUGUGAGGGCUAAAUGAGUUUAAAGUUUAUCAAGAAUUUAGAACUGUGUCUGCCCACAGUAAAAUGUAGGUGUUAGCUGUUGCUGUCAUCGUCAUUGUCAUCAUCAUCACGGAAGUGCAGCUGUAGUGAGAAACCCUACCCCCUUCAUGUUUGGAAGAGCUAUGUCCUACUAAUAAACCAAAAAUGCAUUUUUCCAUAGAAAUAGUAGUAGAAAUGGCUGUUAGGUAUCAUUUAAACAAUACUUUUAGUACUAUACUUCUGGUACAUUAUGUGCACCAGAAAGUGAAGAAAUGUUUCAAAUUCUAGGCACUAGCAAAUUGCCUUAUGGAGCAGAACCCAUUGGUAAGUUGCAAACUGCAUGUGUUAAAAAUUUUUAGUUAAGUCAGAUAUUUGAUAGCCAACUACAGUAUCAAUGAAAUAUAGAAAUCAGUGAAGAAUCUUUGAAACAUAUUUAUUCUUCUAAGGCAAAGCGGUUUAAGAAAAUUUCCUAGUUCCUUCCAUUGUUGCCAUUGUCUCUUCUUCAUCUAAUAACCUCUUGUAUUAUUUCUCAUGCUAGAGUAAAUUCAGUCUGAAUUUGUUAAAAUGCAUUUGUUACAAAAAUUGCUUUUUCAUGAAGCAAGGCACUAGGGAUUAGUAAUUUGUCGUGAUCCUCACUGAACAUCAGAUUUAGAUAAAUGGAAUGAACUAGAAUGGUUAGUGUUUUAGUACCCCUUCUUUUGCAUGAUAUAAAGAUAUGGAAAAAGAUUUCAUCUUCAGCACAUUAGGUCUCUUUCUCCUGAUUUUUCUCCUGGCUGAGAUGAAAACAGCCUGACAGUAGACAUAGAGCAAUGGAAAAAAAAAUUGCAUAAAUCCCUGGAGAUGUGGAAUGUGCUGAUAUCAGAGCUGAUAGUCUCUUAAGGCCAGAAUUCCUGAAAAAGGAAAAAUUGCUUUUAAGUGGUAGGUCAUUUUCUCACCUGCUUUGAAGCCUGCUGGGUUAAAUAUGAGAGUUCAAAGUAAGGGUAGCCAGCAAACCAAUGAACUGGAAUCUGAUUCUGCUUAUCUGAAAGGCGCUUCUUUAUUUAAGAGCAGCACUGCCCUCUCCCUAGAGAACCAAUCUUCAUCUACUCUGACUCCUUUCAUUCCUCUCUUGCAAGAAAAGCUUUCUUCUUAGUAAGCCUUGGGAGGGCGUUAUUACAACAGUGAAAAGACUGAAGAUGGUGUUUGGAAAUUUCAUUAACUUACAGAUAAAUUCAGGCUUAUGGCAUGUGCUUUUGUGUUUGAAUAUAAAAAUCCCUAGUUGGGUUUUAACUAAAUGGGGCAGCAUUUGCAGUGUUGGCAGAUAAGAUGUUAUGGGUAAAGACAGAAAUUAAAAAGAUUUCCAGACAAAUUAUUUGUUUCACUAAGGCAAAACUUGGUUAAAAUUUGUUUCACUGAACACAUAUUGUAGCUGUGCUAGGGUGGGAAUGGGCCCCGUUUCCACAUAUUUCUACUAAUCUUUAUGUGGGAAAAUGUGGUUGGACAUGCCAGUGAUGAAUUUCUGAGCAACUCAUAAUUGGCUGGCUUCACUGUAACUAGGGCCUAACAAUCUGCUUGAUUAAUUCUUUAAGGACUACAUUAGCCAAGUUGCAUGAUUUCCAAAGAUAUAGAAGGUCAGAUGUUACACUAACAAAAGACCUCUCUACAGAAUGUCUCACUGGGAUUUCUUCAGUCCCUUCCCCCAAAUAAUUAACAUUUCUGUCCCUAAAUUACAUUUUAAAAAGUAAUAAGCAGAUAUAAAUGCCAAGUGUCUUUUACUGAAUAGUGACGAGAACUUUUGAGAAGGUUUGUCGAUUAUUAUAAUUUUUUCCAGGACAAAGAUUGUCUUUGUAACUGGGAGAGUUGAUAGACAAUUAUAACCAUGUAUUGAUAUACAUCAGUUUAAAGGUUCCUAAUUUACUGUUGUCACAACCAGUGACACGAAAUCUGUCUACAGGUGAAGGGCUUUUUGUAUUCUUCAUCUGACUUUACUAAAACCCUAAGAGAGUUGCAUUCUAAAUACCUAGGACCCCAUCCAGAAAUUAAACUGAAAUUAAAAUGUUUCUUCACUUUGAAAAUGAAUUAUUUUCAAGAACUAAUACAGUUUUAAAAACAUCUUGAAUUGUAACUAAGCAUAAAUUCUGGGAAAAUACUCUUCUAUAACAUGCUGUUUCCACAGUAAUAUAUCUGAGGUAUUUCCCAGAGAAUAUCCUGAUAAUAAAAUGAAUCUAUUGUAAUAGGUCAAAAAUUUUAAAUGUUUACACUUUUGUUCCAUUGUUAGUGCCGCUAAAGUCUAUUUGGGCAGUCUGGCAUAUUCCAAUUUUGAUUUUCUCUUAAUAAACUGGGAUAUUUGUAGCAAGAGAAAAGUUGUUCUCCGCUUUUUAUAAGGGUAAUUUCUCAUACUUCAUCCUCAUUGUUCUCCUUCAAAAAGAACCAGAAUGAGAAAUUUAUGGAAUUGCUAAUGUUCUUCUUCAUCCAAAUGUUCUAAGUACUGAACUCUUCAAAGACGAAAGAGAAAGAAUAAAAGCUAGGGCAAUGUACUUUUUAACACAUGUCUGUAUCCUUUCCCCAGGAUUUAAUUCAGUUUUGAAGUUUGUGGAAAGCACCCUCUUUCCCUAAUAACACGUGCUUAACAAAUAUGAAAUUCAUAAAAGCUCUCCCUGAAUUCAUUCGGCAGAAUAUUUAAUCAUCUUCGCCCCCCUCAAAGUGAAAGCCUCAGUGCCAAAGUCUAAGUUACUCUAUCACUAACUGCUGUGAAUAUAUUUAUUAUUAUUCAUCAGCACUUGAGGCAAAUGGACUGCAUAGCACGUAGAAGAGUUGUACCCGGAUAUUGAUGUAAAUCACUCAUUCCAAAUUUGUAACACUAGUGGUAUUAGAAUUCAUAUUAGGAAACCUGCUGAUUUUUGUUUUAGAAAAGGUUUUUGCAGACCUAGCAUAGUCCUCUAAAUGGAAAGAAUAAUGGGGUACAGAGGAAAAUUAAAAUCUUGAGGAAUAGUUAUUUUAGCUUUUUUCUUGAAUGGAAUUUUGCUCCUUCCCCCACCAAUCAAAUUUUUAAUGCUCAAAAGAACUAAAUUAGUACAACUAAUUAAUUUAUUAUAAUUCUAAACAAGGAGUAAUGUGGACUUCAUUAGUUUUCUUCUUUAAAAGUUUAUACUUACACUCAUUAGUUCUUACCAGAGACAUUGGAGGACAGAUUGUGAUCUUCCAAUGUAAUAGAUGAGGAAGUUUGAGCCAGUCAAGUUAAGAGUUCCUUGAAAUCACACAACAGAUAGUCCUUUAGUCACAUAUAUAUUUGGUUUCAAAAAUAUGUCACCUCUCAACUUAUACCAGAACAAGUACAGAAGAAUAAAUUUCAAACCAAAUACAGUAAUCCUGAAGGAAUUGUAGACUGACAGAGUGAUGACAGUAAAGUGGUCUUACUGUUUCCUAUAGGAGAUGAAUUUGGAGAAGAGUUUUAAAUAAAGAGGCCAGUGUGGAUUGUCAGAAAGUAGAAAGGGCCCUUAGAUUGCAGAAGUGCUUACUGAAAAGAUCUAAGUAGACAAAUAAACUACCUGGAAAUGUUCUUCAUUGUUUAAGCCUAUUUAAUGAAGUCUGCUCUUUUAAAAUAAAGAAUGCCCAUUUGCUUUUUUGUCUUUAAACUGGUUCACUUUAAUUUCAUUCCUGUUCUGGUUAGUAAAUCACUUAAAGUACACUGAUCAUUUAUAUCACAUACUCAUACAACCGUAAAAAGAACUUCAUCCUUUCUAAUUGACUAAAAUGUGCAGUAAUACUGAAUAAACAGUAGGCACUCAUUUGUAGUGAUUCAGAGGGAAUUUAAUUAACUCUUUGAAACAGUAAACAAAAGAAAAAGAAAAGCUUCAGUUCAGUUCAGUUCAGUCGCUCAGUCAUGUCCAACUCUUUGCGACCCCAUGAACCGCAGGACACCAGGCCUCCU